UAUUUUCAAAUUCGUUAAUUGUAUUUACCUGUUGUAGUUAAUUCAUACGUUGUAAUAUAACCACAAAAUGUAUAAUCAAAUCGUCUUAAUAUUUUGUUUUGUGUGUACUUUCAUUACAUACAUUAAUGCAUCAAGCAGUUCAUCGGAUAAUAAACAACCUGCAAUUAGACUGUUUAAUCGACACAAAAAUGAGGCAACAGGUAUGAUUGGCUUUAAGGAAUUUAAAAAUAUGUUUGGUACAGAAUUGAAUGAAAAUAAAUUGCUUCAGGAGUUUACCAAAUACGCAAACGGAAACAAUCAAAUGGAUUUAAAUGGACUUAAUAAUCUCCUGGAUGACACAAUAGGGAAUAUGACAGAAAAAGAUUAUAAUAAAGUAUUUAAAGCUAUUGAUAGUAAUAAUGAUGGACAAAUUUCUGUUGGAGAUCUUCAUACUAUAAUAGAUCGAAUUAAUCCUGAUUACAAGAAAAAUAUUGAACCUUCUUUAAAUAUAAACGAUAAAGAUAAAAAUAGACUUAUUUCUCUAAAAGAAUUCCUGCAAGUGAUGAAUGAUUUAAAAGAAUGAAAACAUUAAGAAAAUAUUAAGAAAAUAUUUUAUCAUCUUAUGUGAUAUUUUUUAUGUUAUACAAUACUAAUUAAAAUAAAAUAAAAAUAAUAACGAGA